GACGUUGGUUUCGGUUUUCCAGUUUUUUUCUCAUUUCCGUCUUCAUUUAUUGUCAUUUGACUGAAAGUACGAGAAUUUAGAGAAUAAAAUGAGUGAGCAGUACAACACUAAAAAUGCCGGUGUGCGGAGGCUCAUGAAGGAAGCCAUGGAACUGCGACAGCCAACGGAAAUGUAUCAUGCACAACCAAUGGAAGACAAUCUUUUUGAAUGGCACUUCACGAUUCGUGGUACUCUCGGGACUGACUUUGAAGGCGGAAUUUAUCAUGGUAGAAUUAUAUUUCCAGCAGAUUACCCGAUGAAACCGCCAAAUUUGAUACUUCUUACGCCUAAUGGACGAUUUGAGCUAAAUAAGAAAGUAUGCCUUUCGAUUUCGGGAUAUCACCCAGAAACGUGGCUACCAUCUUGGAGCAUUCGUACAGCUCUUCUCGCGUUGAUUGGAUUCCUGCCAAGUACCCCAGGAGGCGCGCUUGGUAGUUUGGAUUAUCCUCCCAAAGAGCGCCAGCGUUUAGCCAAAUUGAGCUGUGAGUGGAAAUGUAAAGAAUGCGGAUGUGUCAUGAAAACUGCGCUUCUUCCGAUAACUGAAGAUGGACAAUUAAAACAAACCGAAGAAGCGAAAACUCUUGCUGCCCAACUCAAGUUUCAAGAUGAAUCUGUUGUUAAAAAAGAAGUUGAAGCAGCCAACAAUCAAAAGAACCCGACAGAAACAGAGCCAAGUGAAGAAACAAGCUCGGUCCCAACAGAAAAUGUCGAAGAAUCAGAAGAAGAUGCAGAUGAGAGAGAAGAAGGUACUACUGUUAAUGUCAAUUCAUCAGAAGUACCAGAUGUCGCACAACCUGCUGUCCAACCCAUUCGAGAUCCACAACCUCUGGUAUUCCAACACCACGCUCCCCGCUUGGCAUCAACAAACUUUGACUAUACCCUUCUAUACAAGAUUCCAGUUAUCGCUUUGUGUUUCGCUAUUUUCUUCACACUAUUGGCUCGUCGCUUCCUUGUCGAUAAUCUAACUUCACCAAAAGACGGUUCCGAGUUGUAAAUACAUGUAUAAUAUUAUUCAAUCCCGUUGUACUUUUUCCAUUUUCUAAAAUCAAACUUCGUGCAAUCACUUGCCAGUUAUUUCUUGGCUCUCUCCUCUCAGUUAGUAUUUAGAUUCUAAUGAAAUUAUCACAAAAUAUUUGAGUAUCUUUCUUUGUGAUUCUUAUUUCUUGAGUUCUUUUUUAUUCAUAAAAUUGGUUUUAACU